GUGCUUGUUUAGAGCCACAGAAAAAACUCAUUCGAAACAUUUCACACUAGUUUGUAUCAUGUUUCUGCUGUAUCUGGGACCGCUACGAUUUUAGUUUUAAAAAUGAUAGUAACUUAGCAAGCUUCGUCGUUGAUCAGAUGGAUCGGAAAGCUCUAAUGCGGCGUUUUGACGGACGGUCCCGGUUAUUGAUUCACGCUCUGCAUCUAGGAGUAACCGGGGCGAAUAAUGCGCUGACAGUUUUCAAUAAACAGCGCAGAUGUGAUCCAGAUUUCACCCUUACUCCGUUUUUAGAGACUUUGUGCCAGGAGGAAGCAUCUGUGCGCGAGGACGCACUGGUUCUGAGACCUUUGGUGUGCUUGUUUUCUGAAGGCUUUCAGCGAAAUCUGCUUUGCUUUCUCCAUCUGAUUCACCCCGGACUUCCUAAAGACCGUGUUCUCCAUCUCCUUCACUGUCUGACUCGGGAUGACAGGGAAAAUCAGUGGGCUUAUGCCUUAAUCAAGCAGCUUCGAAGAGAUAUUGAGGGCACUAGGGAAGGGACCCUCCUCACCUCAAACUGCACAGAGACACUAGAGAGUCUCUGUGCGAGAUUCAGGAAUGCUAAUGCAAAGGGAAGAUGGGCCUCUUGUUUUGAGGGGCUUAAAACAGAGGGUAAAGAGACCGACAUGUCCAUGAAAAAAAGGAAAAGCGACAACAUGGAUCAUGAUGGAAAUGCCCUGGAAAAUCAUCAAAGUAAAAGGGUAAAGGUGGAUUACUCUCCAAGUAAAGAUGAGAGCUUGACUGAAGAGGAGAAACAAAAAAUGACAACAACACAGCAGAACCAGAGUGCUGCCUCUGGAUCACAGGCUCAUUCUGAUCUGUUGGGGUCUUCAAAAAACCUGCCAGACAACAUGAAGGCUGCCAUUCCUGUGAUUAAAGAAUUACUGGAUCCAGAGUCAGUGUGGGAUGAGAGCUCUCUGUCCGCUCUGAAAGUAUUUCAUGAAUGCGACUCCAAUGAGGUGGAGGUAUUGUGUUCACUGCUGGGUUUGUCUGAAGCAUCUGAACAGAGUUUACCUCAGUUCUGUAGCUGCCUGUUGGAGCUUUCUCCAGACCUCAGUCACAGCACUGCUUCUGCUGUGAUCACACACCUGCUGCUCGACAAGAUUGUGUCCCUUGCAGAAGCUGCCUCUCGUUGUUUGGUAUCAGUUGCAACGUCUCUUUGCACUCGUUACCCCAGACCGACCUGCCAGGCGCUGAUAGAGCCAAUUUUACGGAAGGGACAAACUGGAAGCGCCCAGGCAGAGUUACUCUGUAGACUGGUAGUGGACUGCCUUGAGCCACAUCACAGGCUUCUUGUAUUUCGGACAAUACUUGGAGUGUCCUGGGAUGAGGGUGUGUUAUCAGUCAUCCAUGCAUUGUUGGAUUCAAAGCUUGAUCUGAGUGAAGAGGAUUUCUCUCUCUUCACCGACCAGCUUUGCAAACAGUCUCCACAUUUUAGCAAAUCUAUGAAGUUUGCCAAGAUGUUGCUGAGUGUCUUGACCAAAUAUCAGUCACAUGUGAAUUCUUCAUGCCACCAUACACUUUCCAGUUGCCUGUCUUUCAAUGAAACCUUCCUCAAGAAAUCAUUGCAGGCUGCAUUAAAACGGAUUUCUCUUUGAAACAUACUAUUCUCAUGUUAAAUGGCACUUGACUUUCUUUUGAUCUGAUUGUAUUAUUUUGUAAAUAGAUUUUGUAAAUGUAAUAAAAAUGUAUAAUACUG